AUGGACUUUUGGUCGCGACUGUUAAGCCCCUUGUCGGCUGGGUCGUCUCGGCAGGACCAGGCCAAAGACCCUGCGAAACGACUCCAUCGCUUCGAAAAGGAAUACGGAACUCUGCUGGCCACAUGGCGCACCUCGUCCAACCUCGCCCGCGACGGCGACGCCGCCGAGACGCUCGAGAUUCGCCUGCAGGAGCUCACCAACAUUCUGAGCGACGAGUCCCGCCGGCCACUGCCGCACCCGUGCAUUCAGUACGCCUCGAUCAAGCAGAUUUACGUACCGAUUGGCAAGAUUGCGACGACAUCGUAUAAUGAGUGGAUCAUCAAAGAGGCCGUCCUCUUCUUCGCCACGCUCAUUGAGAGCGAGGAGGAGGCCUUUGUCGAGAACCCGGCCUUUUCCGCGAGCCUGACCAAUCUGCUCGUGCGCAUCACCGGCGUCAACAGCGUGCGUCUCGGGCUCGACACGGAGUCGCGCGUCGUCGAGCUCGCCUUUAACAUUACGACCAAGAUCCGGCUCGACCCGGAUAUACUGCCCGCGUGGUUCAAGGCCGGCCAGGCGGCGGCGCAGUUUGCCAGCGAGCGCGGGCAGGAUGUGCAGGACCGCUUCGCGGGAGGCUUCGCGGGGCGCUCGCAGCGCGCAGACUUUCCGCUGUUUUAUAUACUGAUGGACUAUAUUCACCACGAGGGCAAGGUGGGCGACUUUGCGCGGACGGGUCUGCUGUACAUAAUUGAGGCGGCGUCCAACUCGGCGGCGCUGGAGCAGUGGAUUGUUGAGAGCGACUUGUCGACGCUCAUGGCCACGGGCCUGGGCGCGCUCUACAGCCAGCUGAGCCGCAAGCUUGUCAUUGAUCACCUGCCGCACGACUUGCCUCCGAUCCUUGCGCUUUCCGACUAUGAGCACCCGACCUCCAACUAUGAGAUUGUGAGCUCGUGCGCGCCCGAGUUCCAGUCGCACCUCGAAACGUUUCUGUCGCAUCUUUUGUUCUGGCAGGAUGUGCUGAACCACUGUAGGUCGGUCGAGGUCAAGUCUACGCUCCUCGAGCACUUUCAAGUCAUUUUCUUGCAACAACUAUUAUACCCCUCGCUUCUUGAAUCUUCUGAUAUCGACGGCGGCUCGUCAGUCGCUGUGCUGACAUAUCUGCGCCGCAUCCUCGAGUCGCUUGAUCACCCCGACAUGAUUAACCUCAUUCUACAUUAUCUGUUGGCGCUUCCCGAUGGUAACUCAUCGUCUAAAACUGCGCCACCGCGGCCCAACAUUAGCGCCGCGCGACGCCGCAAGUCGAUGGAUCUGGCCACCAUGAUGGCUUCAAAAACUGACCUGACAGUCACGCCGAUUCUCUUCAACCUUGUCGAUCUCAUCCUCGCGUGCCUGCGUUCACGCAACCAACAGACCAUUCACGUUACGCUGCAGCUGGUAUCGGCGAUUCUUAAGAGGCAUCACCGCUAUGCCAUCAUUACCCUCCUCAAGACGGAGGUGCUGCCCAGUCGGACGGUGAACCGCACUGUUGGUGCGCACGAACAGGAAAUUGAGUACCUCAUGGACCUGGCCAGCUCUAUUGGCGGCUACGGCGACUUUGACGACACGUACGAGAACAUCUUGCGGGACACCAUGGUGCGGCUCGAGAGCCACCCGUGCUCUUUGAAGCUGGUCGCGCCCAAGGUCUCGACCAAUAACCACAGGCUACCAGCCAUACCGGACAGUCUACCCGGCGCUCCCCGCGAUGUCCGCGAGCACACGGUGCGCAUGGAUGACCCUCUACUCAAUUCCAUCUUGGAUCUUAUGGACACCUUCUUUAUGAAUCCCGUCGAGACGAAUCUUUCCGUCACCGAGACGAUUGUUGACCUAGCCGUCUGCGGAUACAUGAGUAUUGAGGGCUGGCUGGCACGUAGUCCCUCGACAUACGACUAUGGCGACGACGACGACGAUGACAUGAACACGACUGCUGGCUUUACAUCCACGACAGCAAGCGAAGCCGGCGCCCAGCUCGAAUUCUCUGCAAAGCCUGAUGUGCGCGAAGCUUCAACCUCUACUGAAUCGUCAGAGGAGGCCAAGCUCUCCGAGGCCAUGCAGCGAUGCCGACAGCGGCCCAUAUGGAACAGCGAGUCGCUACCACGCAUCCUCAACAUGCUCAAGCGACUGUGCGAUCAGGUCAACAACUACAAGACCAGCAUCCCGCGCUUCAACGAGCUGCUUCAGCAGCGCCGCGACGCGUUUCACACGGCAGACUCGAUCCUCGACAACCCAGCACCGCCCCCUCCGCCGCCGCCGCACUCUUUCAACCCAUCUCCGCCGGUCCGCCAGGGAUCCCCCGCGCCGGCGACGCCCGAGCGUCCCGGCAUUCUAGACGAGGUGCUCCGCACCGGCUCGCCAGCAGCAAAGCCGUCAGCUUUGGAAGGGUUCGCGCAGCGUCUGCUCUCGGAGCUGGGAACGCCGAGCCGCUCAGCAAGUCCCCGCGGCGCCGCCGGCAAAAAGGAGAACCCUAGCCGCGGUGGCACGUCGUCCGGAACUAGCACGCCUGGAGGGUCCACCACCGGCGAUCAGCUCGCUGUGCCGCGCGCCGUGCGUCCCGGCCCAACGGGAGUUUUUGCGUCGCCGUACGCGGCGGGUGGCGGAGACCGCAGCAUCUCGCCGAGCAACGGCGGCAUCGGCGCGCGUGUCGACGGCGAUGGCAUCAGCGCCAGCCAGACGGCCGAGUACGCGGCCAUGGAUCAGAGCAUCCUGGCGAAGCGCGUCGGGUUACCGCCGGGUCCGUCGAUUAAGCCGAUUCCGCUGGACCUGACGUAUCGGCCGCCGCCCGAGUCGACUUCAGACGAUGAUGACGAUGAGGAUGACGAGGAUGACGACGGGGAUGGGGAUGUGGGCAUUGCGCCGGAUGCGUCAGAGACGGGAAGUGUGCUGGACGACGGCGCAAACGCAAGUGUGUCGGUGUCGCAUGUGCUGACCAAUGUCAUUAUUUUUCAGAGUUUUCUGAUGGAGCUGGCGAGUCUGAUGCAAGUUCGCGCGGGGCUGUUUGACGAGGUGCGCUUUGUGUAG